AUGGCCAACAGCUUUUGCAAAUUCUUCUGUGGCGCUGGAAAGUCUGGAAUGGCGGCUCAGGAACGAGGAGUCGAAGUCGUGCUAUGCAUCAAAUGGGAUAGCGACGAGGAUUGGGGCAGCACUAUCGACACGGUCAAGGCAGUCAUCAACAAUGACGCCACAUACAAAGACAGAGCUUUUGAUCUAGUACCGACUAUACCGACAUUCCGAACCUGCCGAGGACCUUUGCCUGAACAAUGUUGGGUGUCAUCAUCUACAAGCUCCGUGGGUGCAAUAUGGAGCCCACUUCAGAAGCUUCAGACCUCGCGACAGCGCAUCAAGAAGCGAGCUCGUCCUGAAGUGAUUGACCUUGACAAUGGUGAUCGAGCGUCGUACACGCCUGAUCCGGAUCCGAACUCGGCGGUCGCUGGCGAGGUGGCUCUCGAAGACGAAAGUGGUAUGGUUGCUGCAUUCGACCUUCGGAGGGCCGAUCAACCCAGAUUCUUCACGAAGAAGGAUGCGGUCACAUUCUUUCGGAACAUGGCCAACGCGAUUGCAAGUGGUUCUUCCGUGCCAUCGUCAGUCUCCUUUCACACAUAUCGGUCGCCGGAAGUACAGUAUGGUCGCCCAUCGUCGGUCGAGCGUACGGUUGAGCGUCAAGAUACGCCAACCCGAGGUCCAUCGCAUCGUCCAAGACCAGGUUCGCAGACUUAUCCGCCGAUUACUCAGGCACCGUUUGCAACUCCAGUCAUGGGCUCUCUAGAGGCUCAGGCUGGUCCGGCGCCUACGCAAUCUCGGCCCUCGCAACAAUCGCGGCACGCGAUUCAACAACAAUCAUCUGGCCGACAGCCAGAUGUGUAUUCUCAAUCUUCUCGAAAUGCAGGCUUAGGCAUUUCGACACAGCGAAAUCAACCUGCUGUGGCUUCGCCGCAAGGUCCGAAUGUUCCAGGCCUUCGCAGAUGAUCACUAGACGAUGGUACCAUUCGUGAACAGGAGGAUCGAGCCAGCCUCCGACCAAGAGUGCUUCCUGCCUUACGUCGAGGAGUCAGAUACACGGUGGCCGGACAAGGUCGUCAGUACUCGUUCCCUGCUUGUGGCCCGGUUAGGGCGGAUGUGUUCAGAGCUGCUCGGUGUUGCUGGUUUAUCGGGACUUUGCUAAUUGAGCUUGAG